UCUUUAUAUUUAGCGAUAAUAAACGAAUAUAAUAAGGUGUAUAAUAAAGUUAAAUUAUUCAUUAAUAUUAAUGCAAUAAUUUAGACAUAACAAAUCAUACGGAUAUGUGUAUCAGACAUAAUUAAGUUACUAGAGACUACAACUUAAAGGGUGUUUUUAUUUUAAAUUCAAGUUUUCGUCCAAAACCACUUGUCUGAUUCCACGUCAAGUUACAACCUCAAUUAAGUAAAGGAAAGACAAUUUUUUCUGGAGUUACAUUAUUUUGUUUGUGGUGGUUUUCUUUGUGGAUUUGCAAUGAAUAAUGUGUAUUCACGAUGAAGGAUAUGCUGUUUAGUGUAUGCAUUUUGCUUUUGUUUCAUGUGUGCAAUGGUGACAAGAGUGAGUGUGACUGCGUGGAGGUGGACAAGUUCUCAUGUGGAGACUGUGUGUGUAUUCCACGUAACCUCGUGUGUGACGGACAACCAGACUGCGAUAAUGGCCAAGACGAGAAAGGAUGCGUAGCCCAGUCGGUGACCCACAGCCACUGCCCCAUUGACCACUACACAUGCUGGAACCUGCAGUGUGUCAAGAAGAACUGGGUGUGUGAUGGUGACAAUGACUGCGGUGACAACAGUGACGAGCUCAUGUGCCCCCCCAAAAACUGCACAGAAGACGAAUUUCAGUGCAACAACAACAACUGCGUGUUGAAGAAGUGGCAGUGUGACGGAGAUGAUGAUUGCAAGGACUGGUCUGACGAGCACCACUGUGUGCAUGAGUGCACAAGUGCCCAGUUUCGCUGCAAGAACGACAGCACAUGCAUUGACAAGACGUGGGCUUGUGAUAAGGAGUAUGACUGCAUUGACCAAUCAGACGAAGCAUCCUGCGGUCUGGAAAGCCUAUUCUGUGGAGAGCAGGAGUUCACAUGCAAGCAGGCCCAUCGUUGUAUACCGCUACAGAAGAGGUGUGACCAGCACAACGACUGUAACAACUGGGAGGACGAAGUCAGUUGUGGUUUUGAAGCACUCGUGUGUCCGAUGCACCAGUUCACAUGCACCCAGUCUCACCAGUGCCUGCCCAUUAACAAGCGAUGUGACAGUGUGAACGACUGUGGGGAUUGGGAGGACGAAAUGAAUUGUGAUUUCAAGCCGGAGAAAGAGUCCCAGUGUAAGGAAGGGGAGUUCCAAUGUGACUACGGCCAGUGUAUCAACAGCAAAUGGGUUUGUGAUGGCCAGAGAGACUGUGAAGAUCUCAGCGAUGAAUGGAAUUGCAAUGUGACACGCUGUGGCGCGGGCAUGUUCCAGUGUGGCAGUAACACCAGCAGGGACUGCAUCGACCUCAGCAAGAGGUGCAACCAGGUCAGGGACUGCCCGGAUAACUCUGACGAAGACAAAUGUGUGUACUCUGAGUGCCAGUUUGGCCAGUUCCGAUGUAACAAUGGUCAGUGUAUCGGCAACAGUAAAGUGUGCGACACGCAGUCAGACUGCUCGGAUUUUUCUGAUGAGACUCAUUGCCAAUGGACAGUCACCUGUGCCGAAAAGAAUGGUGGCUGUGACCAGUUGUGUGAACAGAAGGCCCAUGGUGCACGGUGCGUGUGUAACCAUGGUUUCAUCCUGUCACAAGAUGGCCACUCAUGCUUUGAUGUAGAUGAGUGCACGCUGUUCAGUCCGUGCAGCCACAACUGCAAGAACACUCUGGGCUCGUUUGAAUGCUCCUGCUCCAUGGGUUAUGUGCUGAAGCCUGAUGGGAAAGGCUGCAAGGCCCAAUCAAGCUCGAAUGAGAAAGCCUACCUGAUCUUCGCCAACAGGGUGGACAUCCGCAGAGUGAUGCCAGACAUGUCUGAGUAUGACAGCAUCCUGAACGGACUGGAGAACGCCAUAGCUCUCGAUUUUCACCAUGAGAAGGGCUACGUCUACUGGUCUGAUGUCACACUGGACAAGAUCAAAAGGGCCUUCCUUAACGGGACUGGCAUCAAGGAGGUUGUGGCUUAUGGGCUUCAGAAUCCUGUUGGAGUGGCCGUGGACUGGAUCCACAACAACCUGUUCUGGACUGACUCCGGCACGUCACGUAUCGAGGUCUCCAACCUGGACGGUGAUCACAGGAACGUUCUAAUCUGGGACAACCUGGAGAAACCUCGGGCCAUCGUAGCUCACCCAGGGAAAGGGAUGAUAUUCUGGACGGACUGGGGUAGCACACCAAAGAUUGAGCGUAGUGGGAUGGAUGGACUUGACCGUCUGGUGAUUGCCAACACGUCCUUGUUUUGGCCAAAUGGUCUUACGCUUGACUAUGGCGCCGAGAAGCUGUACUGGGCUGAUGCCAAGCACCAUGUGAUAGAGUGUGCCGACUAUGACGGGAAACACAGGCGCACGGUCAUUAAUCAAGGUCUUCCACACCCAUUCGCCCUGACCCUGUUUGAGGACGAGCUGUACUGGACUGACUGGCACACUAAGAGCAUCAACAAGGCAAACAAAUUCACGGGCAAUGAUGUGGAGAUGGUGCGCAACAAGCUGCACUUCCCCAUGGACAUCCAUAUCUUCCACCAGGAGAGACAGCCCGAUGCCACCAAUCGCUGUGGCACCAACCGAGGUGGGUGUAGUCACCUGUGUCUACCAGGCUAUGUGGGAUAUAAGUGUGCCUGUCCCACGGGUCUACACUUGAAGGGAGACAACAAGACAUGCGUCAGAAAUAUCAAGUCCUUCUUGCUCUUCACUACCCGCUCUGAUGUAAGGAGGAUAACUCUUGGCACUGAAGACCAGUCUGACGUAGUUAUUCCCCUUAGUAAGACCAUCAGCACGAACGCGGUGGAUUUUGAUGCUGACAAUGAUACCAUCUUCUGGACAGACAGCGGAACCAACACAAUCAGCGCCGCUAAAUGGGAUGGCACUGAGGAAAGAGUGGUUGUGGGUUCCAGUGGUGACACCCCUACGGGUCUGGCAGUGGACUGGUCUACUCGUAAGCUCUACUGGACAGACACAGAGAUGGGCCGCAUAGAAGUGGCCAAUCUGGACGGGUCCAUGCGGGCCGUGCUCAUCUGGUCAGGGCUAGGUCAGCCUCGGGACAUUGUGGUGGACCCUAUCUCUGGAUACAUGUACUGGACAGACUGGCAGAAACCUCCACGAAUCGAGCGUGCAGGAAUGGACGGUCAGGGGCAGAUGACCCUGAUUUCCCGCAACCUGACCUACCCCAACGGGCUCACGAUAGACUACAAGGGCAAAACAACCAGAAUAUUCUGGAUAGAUCCAGGUACUGAGGAUCCGGGGUCCAUAGAGUCCUGCAAUUGGGAUGGAUCUGACAGAAAGACGGUUGUCAGUAUGAGCCUGUCCCACCCGCAGCCGUUUGGCUUCACCCUGUUUGGUGACUACAUGUACUGGGCAGACUGGCUGCACAAGAAGAUUGUGCGCUCGGACAGACAAGGGGACAACCAGGUCACCAUUCAGGAAAACAUGGGCAACGUUAUGGACAUCACUGUGUUCAAUAGGGACAGGAGCGAGGUUGAGAGUAUCUGCCAAGAGAACAACGGCCAGUGCAGUCACCUGUGUCUGCCAGCCCCCGUGCCUCGGGCUCACACUUGCAUAUGUCCCACAGGCGUGCUGCUGAAAAAAGAUGGAAGAACCUGUAAUACAGAUAUGAGGAACUUCUUGAUAUUUGCAAAGCGAACUGACAUUAGGAAGAUAUCACUGGAUGUUGGCUACUAUGCUGAUGUGACUUUGCCGAUAUCCAACAUGAAGAAUGCCAUCGCUAUCAGCUUUGACAGGAUAGAAGAGAAAGUGUACUGGACUGAUACAAUUCUUGACCGCAUUAUGAGGGCAGAUCUUAACGGGUCAAAUGUGAAAGAAGUGAUCCUGACCGGACUGGACACUCCUGAUGGCAUGGUAGUCGACGAAAUCGGAAGAAAAAUCUACUGGACUGACACAGGUCUGAAUCAUAUUUCUGUAUCUAAUCUGGAUGGAACAAUGUCAAAGGUCAUAAUCUGGGAAGAUCUGGAUAAACCAAGGGCCAUUACUCUGUUUUAUGAAGAAAGUUAUCUUUUCUGGACGGACUGGGGCGAUCUUCCGAAGAUAGAGCGGUCCGAGUUGGACGGUAACGGACGACGGACCCUGAUUUCAAGUAGUGUCAUCUGGCCCAACGGACUCACUGUGGACAAAGAAGGCAAGAGGCUGUACUGGGCUGAUGCAAAAACUGAGUUAAUCGAAUCCUCUGACCUGAACGGUGAAGCUCGAAAGUCAAUAGCCAUAAAGGUUGCCCACCCCUACAACAUUGCCCUGUUCGGAGACCAGAUUUACUGGACGGACUGGCAGAAAACAUCAGUGUUCAGCGUAAAACAAGAUGGAUCAGAGCCGGACAAUCACCGGCUAGUGCUGCCCAAACUCACCGGAAUCAUGGACAUACAUGCAGUUAGCAUGGAUGAGAAAGUGAAUGUUCGCAUCAACAAGUGUCGCAAGAACAACGGCCACUGCAGUCACCUCUGCCUGCCCAACAGAAGGGGGAUCACAUGUGCUUGCCCAUCGGGACUGCAGCUCAGGAACGACGGCAUUAACUGCCAGUCAAUGCCAGAUGAGUACAUUCUGUUCGCAAGUCGGGGCAGUAUUCGCAGGAUCUCUCUGGACACGCCUGACCGAACAGACGUGUUCCUGCCCCUGUCAAACCUUCAGAAUGUCAUUGCUAUUGACUACGACUUUACUGAGGACAAGAUCUACUACACGGAUGUCCAGCUAGAUGUGAUCAGACGAGCAAAUCUGAAUGGCAGCGGAGAGGAGGUGAUCAUACGUGACCAGCUGAAGACGACAGACGGGCUGGCGGUAGACUGGCUGGGCAAGAACCUCUAUUGGACAGACACUGGAACGGAUAUUAUUGAGGUUGCAAGGCUUACUGGAGAGUUCAGAAAAAAAUUGAUCACAGAAGAUCUGGACCAGCCGAGAGCAAUUGCGCUGUUCCCUGAAAAAGGGUUGAUGUAUUGGACAGACUGGGGGUAUCGUCCUAGAAUUGAGAGCGCAUAUAUGGACGGGAGCAAUAGGAAGGUCCUGCAUAACUCUGGACUUGGAUUUCCAAACGGCCUAUCUAUUGACUAUGCCACGGAGAGACUUUACUGGGCAGAUGGGAAACUGGACAAGAUAGAGACUUCCACUCUUGAUGGCACAUUCCGAGUCACGCUCAUCAGAAACGUUCCCCACCCUUUCGGCUUGUCAGUGUUUGGACCGUAUGUUUACUGGACGGACUGGCAGAAGCAGCAGAUAGAGAGGGCCGACAAGAGCAAUGGAAAAUCAAGGGAGACAAUCAAGCAACUCUUUGUUGGACUUAUGGACAUUGAAGUUGUCUCCCCUCAUAGACAGUUUGGCUCCAACAGCUGUUCAAAGAGCAAUGGCGGAUGUUCCCAUCUGUGUCUUGCCAGACCAGACGGCCAUUCUUGUCUGUGUCCUGACUCGCCUAGUGACAGUGCAUGUGUACCCAAGCCGUUCAUUGACAGAUGGAACACUACAGUCAACAAUGAGCCUGAAGAUAUUGGCAUUCGUGGUGCUAGUUGUACAGAGUCGGAAAUCAGGUCGGGCCUUUGUACCAGUACUGCUAGGAAUCAGAAAUCAAAAUCAAGUCAACGGGGUAUCUACAUCACCUUGUCUAUAGUGACACUCAUUGUGGCCCUCGGGGUCAUUCUCAUCAUCGUUCUGUGGAAACGGCAGCGGAAGAGAAAGCAGUUUACUGAGGACUUGUCGUUUGCAUUCAUCAAUCCCAACUACCAGAGAACCAGCACAGAGACCAUCAAUUCUGACAGACACGUCAGAGAUUGGAGAAUAUUCAGAUUUAAUACAAAAUCUGAGAGGGUGUCAGUUGGCAGCUCCAGUUGUGUCAGCGAUGAGAAACUCAACGUCUCAGAGACCGAGGCCCUUUACGGGGCAAGCUCUGAUAUCGAGGGACCCUCUUGCUUCCCAGAUGGCCCCUUAUCAAAAAACAUUUUUAAGCCAAAAAACAGUGAUCCUAAACGAACUAAUCGGCCAAAAAGAGUACCAUAUAAGCCAGUGGAUCCAAAAGUGACCUGACAAAACUGAAAGCUUGUGUUUUUCUUGGGUCAAACAGCAGUUUUGCAAUAUGAGUAUCUUUGCCUCUUUUUAUUAAAUAUGUUUUGUUGUUUUUUGUUUUAUACAGAUUGUAAAUAGUAAUGAAUUGGGUUCUGUUAAUGAGAUUAGAUGAAUUUGUUUUGUGAUGGUAUUGUAACUUAAGAUUGCAUUAUUUGUUUUCUACUUUUAUUCCUUAAGAUGACAGUUUAUACAUAGUAUAAAUGUUGAAUGUUCUGGACUACUGCAUAACUUCAACUACAGUCUCACUCGGGGGAGACAAUUUAUCAACUUAUCAAAGAUUACGAAAUGAGUUCCCUCUUUCAGUCAGGCUAAUCAGAUGUGACUCAACUCUUUGAUUGAUAGCUAAUCAGAUGUGACUCAACUCUUUGAUUGAUAGCUAAUCAGAUGUGACUCAACUCUUUGAUUGAUAGCUAAUCAGAUGUGACUCAACUCUUUGAUUGAUAGCUAAUCAGAUGUGACUCAACUCUUUGAUUGAUAGCUAAUCAGAUGUGACUCAACUCUUUGAUUGAUAGCUAAUCAGAUGUGACUCAACUCUUUGAUUGAUAGCCAAUCAGAUGUGACUCAACUCUUUGAUUGAUAGCCAAUCAGAUGUGACUAAACUCUUUGAUUGAUAGCCAAUCAGAUGCGACUAAACUCUUUGAUUGAUAGCUAAUCAGAUGUGACUCAACUCUUUGAUUGAUAGCCAAUCAGAUGUGACUCAAGUCUUUGAUUGAUAGCUAAUCAGAUGUGACUAAACUCUUUGAUUGAUAGCUAAUCAGAUGUGACUAAACUCUUUGAUUGAUAGCUAAUCAGAUGUGACUAAACUCUUUGAUUGAUAGCUAAUCAGAUGUGACUCAACUCUUUGAUUGAUAGCUAAUCAGAUGUGACUCAACUCUUUGAUUGAUAGCUAAUCAGAUGUGAUUGAUAGGGGUUACAUUUUAAUAAUUACACCAUAUAAGUUACUGUCACAUAGGCUGGAGUUAUGCAGUUAUAGAUGCUCAAAGUACAGGUGGUUAUUUCGUACUGAAAAGUUUACAAAUUAGCAGGAAAUUUAGAUUUGUUUGAGUUACUGUAAUAUGAAUUUAACUCAAAAACAUACUAUGUUUUCAAGUAUUGCCGCUUGAGUUAAAUUCAUAUUUCUUGAAUAAUUUUACAGGAUAUGUCAUCAGCAUUAAGUCUGCCUUUGAUUAGUCUCCCACAUGUUGUUGUAAACUUGUUGUUCUUUAUUCAUUUUGUUGAUGAAAAUUGGGCCUGUAGUAAUACUUCUGGACAUUCUGAGACUUAGUAGCAAAAACUUGAAUUAGGCCAAAAGGGAAAAGGGGCUUUAAUGCAUGUGCACAAAGUCGUCACAUAUUAGCUUGUGCAGUCCGCACAGACUUUUCAGGGAUGGCACUUUCAGCUUUUAUGAUAUUUUUUUUAAAGAAAUUCUCUUCUAUGCAAAAAUCAAGUUUAAGCGAAAAGUGUUGUCCCUGAUUAGACUGUGCGGACUGCACAGGCCAAUCUGGGAUGACACUUUACGCACAUGCAUUAAACCCCUUUUUCAUGGAGCACAGCCUAAUGAUUUUAUACCAGAGCAGUUGGCAUGGAACCAGUUGUUUUCGCAAGAUAUUAGUUUGCAUGGAAUUAUCUAGCUGAAACUUACAUAUAGCAAGCUUGCAUAAAAACCUUGAUAGAGAUUUAUUUGGGGCCAGUCUGUUCAUGGUCACAUUUACUUUUGAUGCAGGUAUUGAACUGAAAUUUUGUAUUAAGGUAGCUUACAUGAUAGCUUGGCAUUGCAUUUUAGGGCAAAUCAAGUCAAGGUCAAUUUUUCACAGCUCCUGAAAAAUAGAAAAAUUAUUAUUUUGGUUUUCGGGGUAAUAACUUGAGUUUGAGUCGACCAAUUUUGAUUACUGUGCAAAACAUAGAGGAUAUUUGUUCAUGUCAGUGUAAGAUCGUUUAUUAUUUCAAGAGUGAUCAUAGAAAAUAUAUGUGCCACUCGUGAAAAUAUUAAUUUUCUAUGAUCACGAGUGAAAAUGAUCUUACACUUACAUGAACAAAUUUUCUGUUCUUUUAUGCCCCUUUUUCACGAAAAUAAUUUAUAGCUGUUUCCCUUUCGCUGAAAAGAUACCCUUUUCUCCCGUGGCGUGCCUGAAUACAUUUUAAAACACAAAAUGACGUCAUUAGUGUGACAAAGGGAUGUCAUUAUACCAGCAAAAUUCUCCAGUUAAACUAUUUUAAAAUGUAAAUAAACGGUGAAAAAGCAUAAAAUAAAACGAAAAUGUGUUGGAUUCGGUGGAAUGUCGAUUUUAAGUCACUCGUGAUCAUAGAAAAAAUAUAUAUAAUUAUUUAUGAUAAUCUAAAAACAGAAAAAGGAGUUCCGAACAUGUGUUAUUUUCACCUGUGAAAAUAAUAAUUUGUUUAUUUUCACUGCUGUUAUUUCACUGCAGAAAUGUCAUAUUUUAUCAUUAGGUAUAAAAGAAAUAUCUAUCUUGUAUGAGUCUUUGCUUACAUUGUUGACAUGAUAAUUUCACAGACUUAAUCAUGUUUCUUAACCUUUUACUUGCAAUUUAAGUAAUUUGCAUAUGUAAUGACUGUGAUACAAUAAACAUGUUUUCAUAACAUUUGUAAGUAGUGACUCAGGAAUAUUUAGUGUUUUUUGUGUGGCCAGUUUCAUUUUUUAAUGUGCCAAACACUCUAACAUAUCUGGGAAAUGUUUUGGCUUUUUGAACAUGUUUACAAGUAAAAUAGGGCAUAAAAAAAAUCAAAAUUCUUCUCAUCCACACCUUUCAACAACAUGGUUACUUUCUUUAUAGCAAUUGCAAUUCAUGUUUGUUGUAAAUCUUAUUUUGCUGAAUUUGAAUUGCCUUAAUCUUUUAUACAAGUUUGUGUCAAUUUUAUGUUUAUGUUAUCAUAGUUCACAAUGUUUAUUGUUUAUACAGCUGAUUUGAGUGUUGUUCUGUCUAAAUCUUAGUUUAUCCCUUUUAAUGAACUCUGUUUCAGAUAAGUUUUUCUUCUAUAUUUGGAUUAACCAAUGAAGAACACAAAUAAUAACAUGUGUUUUUCUAUAACAUGUUUUGUUUUUAUUGUGAUUUUUUCUAUGAAAUAUUACUUUUUAAUAUAUAUGUGCCAUGCUCUGUAACAAGGGGGUUUAAUGAAUAUGCGUAAAGUGCCGUCCCAGAUUAGCCCAAACUGGAUUUUUGCUAAGAAGAGACUUUCUGUAAAAGAAAAAUAACAUACAAGCGGAAAGUGUUGUCCCUUAUUAGCCUGUGCGGAAUGCAUAGGCUAAUCUGGGACAACACUUCUCACAUGCAUUAAACCCCAUUUUCACAGAGCAUGGUCCAUAUGUUUUAUUUCCUGAUAAGGUUGAAUUUUUAGGAAUAAUUUUACCAAUAAUGUUUUUAAACCAAAAGUCAUUAAUUUUAUUUUUGUUUUAAUUGCUACACAAUUUAACUUCUCUGUUUAGAUCUUUUUAUGGCAAAUGGGAUGUAGAAAUUGAUAAGUAAUCCUUACUAAUAAUAAGGCAGCUCUUUUAAUUAGUUAUUUUUAGCUCGGCUGUUUUCAGAGAAAACCAGAGUUAUUGUCAUAGCCAGCUCAUCGUCCGACGUCCGCGUCGUGCUAAAACCUUUACAUUGGCUCUAAAAUCAAAGUGCUUCCACCUACAACUUUGAAACUUCAUAUGUAGAUGCACCUUGAUGAGUUCUACACGCCACACCCAUUUUAUAAAAAAAAAGUUUUCAUUUAUUCAUAACUGCACCCUGCAGCCGAGCGUUGGCACCUGUUAUGCGGUUCUCUUGUUGAAGUAUAUGUUUUAUUACUUUAUGUUAUGCUUUGUAGUUUUGAACUUUUUGGUUUCUUUGUUGUAGUUAUAUUGCUGCACUUGUCUUGUGUACUGUUUGUGUUCUUAACCUUGCACUUUUUGUAUUCUGACUUGUCUACUUUAACGAACUCACGUUAAAUCAUUUUUUUCAAUUGUAGUUUCUUUAGAGGUAUUUUUGUCUCUACAUGGUUAUUAUCAAAAUUAAAUAUUUAAAAUAUUUUACAUUCUGUAUGUAGAUAAAAAAAAAUCAUGUGAUUGUAAAUAAUCGAUUAUGAUAUUGAUAUUUUUAUAUCUGUUUACACAUAUUACAAAUAAUGGUGCUUCCCUAUUAUAAUAAUGUAUUUUGUGUAGAAUAGGGUAUACUAGUUGACAAGCCUCAAUCAAAAGGCUUUUUUCUCAAAUGUAUAUAUUUCUGUAAAUAUGAAAUUAUAGGUAGUUUUUCUUUAAAUGCUUUGUUUCGUAGAAUCAAGUAAACGUUGUGUGUCUAACGUCACAGUCUGUAUCAACUGAUUGCAAAACCUGAUUAUGUAGUUGUUUUAUCAUCCCUUUUGUAAGCGUUGUUGAAUCUGCAAAGUUAUAUUUAAUGUUCUCAUCCUCAAUUUGUAUCAAGGCUAUUUCCCUCACAUUCAUCGGCAACAUGAUAAUCAUUAUUAACACCUACACCCCUAUCAAAAAACAAUUACAACAGAUUAACGAAGUAAAUUUGUUACCCUUAAGUGGUGAUUUGAUACAUAAGUUAAUAGACAAAGAUAGUAUAACCAUAAUAACUGUACAUUUUGAUCAAAAUACCGUUGUUUAAGCUUUAAUGGCUGCUUUAUUAGAAAUUGUAUGUUCAUAUAUUAUAAUUAUAUUCUUAUGUUUCACAUCAAAAUAAAAAUGUAUUAUUAUUUAAGUCAAGAUAGUUUUAAUCUUAUAUAUUGCAUGCAGACUGCAUUACACAUAAAUAAUAAUGAUAGAUUUUUAUGUCCCCCAGUCUAUACUGGGGGACAUAUUGUUUUUGCCCUGUCUGUUUGUUGGUUUGUUUGCGUCAAACUUAAACAUUGGUCAUAACUUUUGCAAUAUUGAAGAUAGCAACUUGAUAUUUGGCAUGCAUGUGUAUCUCAUGGAGCCGCACAUUUUGAGUGGUGAAAGGUCAAGGUCAUCCUUCAAGGUCAAAGGUCAAAUAUAUGGGGGGGGGGCAUAGUGUUUCACAAACACAUCUUGUUUAACUUUGUUUUCGCUAUAUUACUAAUUGAUUUGUGAUGUUUGUUUCUAAUGCCGUUAGUCAAACACCAAUUGUUCCAAAUGAACCAUAUAUAAUAUAUAUAUAUACACAGUCCAACCCCUAUUUCCGGUCACCCCUCAUCGCCGGUCGCCCCGUGUAUGCGGCCUGUCUCUGCCGCGACCGUCGAUAAACACAAUAUAAUGCACCCCUCUUUAUCGGUAACCCUGUUUCUCCAGCCAGCGGCCAGCAAUUUUGCAUCCCAAAUCAACUCCAGACUCCCUAUGACCCAACCCCCUCUUAAGAGGCCACCUGCUUAAGCAGCCAAUUCGACCGUUUCAUUUGACUGGCUGCUUAAGAGAGGUUGAACUGUAUAUACAUAUAUCUCUUAAAAGUAACGGCUGUUAGCCAACACAUGAACCUGAAAGCACAGUCUUAUUGUUGUGGAUUUUGUCUGGUAUAGAUGAUUCGACAUAAAUAUUUUUGCACUGCGAACAAUGAUGUAGUUUUUCAAUGUGCAUAUACUAUUUUAUUGCUGUUUUUCCUCAGGUUUACUUUGUCAAACUCUGAUAUUUUGUCAUGAAUAUGUGAUACAUGUAAUACAUAAUAUGUUAUGCCA